GCCGCCGCCGGGCACGAAAGGAGAAGGGGAUCAGGAGAGGUCGAAGACGCCGUAGGCGAGAAGUGCGGGGCAAGAGGAGCAGGCAGAGGAGAGAGCGACCCUCAUGCGACCUGCGUGAACGAUUGACGACUGGCUCGACGCAGAGAAGCUGAGUGCAGGGAGCUAGCUUGAGUCGUUGUGUACGAGGAACGAGAGGAGGAGGAUGACGAUGAGUGGUUGAUCCCCCCCUUCUCGCUGCCUACUCUCUGUUGUCCUUCUCUUCCUGCAUUACCACUCUUCCUUGUCUUGAGAUCAUCAUCACCCUCUUUUGAGCUCGCAUCUCUAUCUCACCCUGAUCACGUACACGGCGCGCACCCAAAGGCAGCAACCACAUUCCCUCGACACGCCAUCCUUUCACGCAUCGCGCUCAUUUACUCGUACGCCCAUCCGCCCUACCACGACGCGAUGCCAUACCUCCAACAUCUCAGCAAGCGCCAAGGCGCCCUCACAGGUGUGACGAGCGGCGCGAGUGACGCAGGUAGGAAGGGAUACAACUCAGUGAAAGAUGCCACUUCCUCCCUCUCCACCGGCCAGAUAGCAGGCGCGAUCGUAGCCAUCGUCGUUGGCUUUGGCUUGAUUUGCUUCAUGCUCUGGUACCUCUGCACCCGUCGUCUACGUCAACGCUCCCGCCUCAAUGCAUCGGAGCACGGUUCUGACAGGCCGAUGAUGACUCGCUCCCCCGCGGGUGCCGCAGGUCCUGGAGGAAGAUCGACCCCACUGCAGCCGUACGGCUUUACGGGCUUUGGUGGGGGAAACGACAAUAGGCAAGUGAGGUACAGCAAGAGGCCGGCGAAUGGGGCUGCUGCGGGUGGAGCGAUUCGUGGCAGGGACUAUGAUGCUGGUAGCGACCUCAGUCAAAGCACCGAGGCGCUCACGUCGCCACAGCCUAUCAGGAGCGACAGCAGGUUGGAUGCCCUGGAUGGUGGGAAGACAGGAGGCUGGAGGAACCCGUCGCCAACGGCAGGAGGUGCCAAGGCGGGGAGGGCUUCGAGGAGCUACGCUCAGAUCUGAGCGAUGACGUUGUGGUAUAACCUCGGUCUCGUCUCGCCGUGUACAUGUAUUACUAGCUUUCGGUCUCGAUCGUUCCUGUCUCGCUCCUGUUGUCUCAUUCCAGUCUCUACCUCUCGCCCUCUUCGAGCAUAAUUCACGCUCUGUCCCACUCUUGUCGUCUGUCGCGCUCAGCUAGCCAGAUGCUUGAGCACAGCUUCGGCUGUCUCCUUGGGCCUCGUCACCACGAUGAAAUGAUCACCGCCUGG